CCAGUUGCCCUAGUGACUGUGGCCUGUCCCCUUCUCCCAGCUGCUGUAUAAAUAGAGGUGCCGAGCAGCAGAGAGCUCCUGGCAGCCACCAUGCAGGGACUGAGGCUGCUGUGUUGCUGCGUGGCGUCUCUCCUGCUCCUCGGGGCUGCAGAAUUGCAAGUUUCUGCCUCGGGGGGCACUGAAGAUGUUGCCAACUUUGUUGAGAAUCCCUUAUCAGCUGGAGACCGGAGCCUAGAGGGGAACAAAGGGGUACUUUGCCCAGACUCUGUACCUCCUGAGAAGACUGUUCUCCUCCAGCCUGCAGACAGCAAUGAGGCAGCAGCCCAGGAAAGGAGCGGAAUGCCACAUGACUGUGGUUCCAAGACAGGUGCUGAUAUAAAUAUCCCUGUUGAUGGCUCGAACAAUGAGAGCCAAGAGGAGGACAAUGACAUGAACGUUGCUAAUGCUUCUUCAUCGGUUUCAGAAUGUGACACUGCCACAGGCAGCAAUGCUGAUGGAGGUGAGAUUGUGGCGAGAGAGCCAGAGCCAGCAGAAGGGACUCCUCUCCCAGGGGAAGACACGGAAGAGCUGCUGGCCAAAGAACAGCCCGGAGGCAGCAGGAGCGAAGCUGCAAAGGACAGCAAGGAGGAGGGGGAGCUCCAUGCGGCAGGGGUGGAGAUCAGUCUGGAAGAGGCUGGGAGUGAAGAGGACAGGCAAAACUCUCCUCCCGCCACAGCAGGGAGUUUUGAAGAGAGCACCCGACUGCCUGCAGAGGAGAGGCAGGUUUCCCAGCGUGGUACAAAGGCUCUGGCUAGAGAGGAGGUAGCAGCAGCAGAGCACCACUCAGGGCCUGAUGAUGGCAAAGAUGCUGCUGAAAAGGAAAGCGAAAUCAGCGAGGCCUCCCAGAGGAGCACGCCACCCUCGCCGGCCAGCGGGGAAUCGCCCCCUCAGGGAGAUGCACAUAGCGCUGAACCUGCUCUAGCAGAGCCAGGAACUCUUGAGGAAGAGGGGACACAGCCGGAAGAAGGCUCUAAAGAAGACAAGAGCCGUAUUCCACAUGCCAGCCAAGGUGCCGAAUCUCACGUGCAAGGUAGGAAUCAUGCAAACAAGCAAGACAAAGAAGUCUCUAGCUCAGAGACCAGUCAUGUCUCUGGGGACCCUCUCGGGGGCAAUGGACUAGCUGUAAAAGAGAAGGAACCUGAUUCAGGCAACAAAACUGGUGACAGUCCUGAGGGGGAGACCGCCACUGAUGGCCAGCCAGCGGAAAGGGACCGAGAGGAACCAGGCACUGCCUCGGCUGAGGGAGUGGGAGAAAACCCUAACUUGGAAGCAGAAAAGUCUGAAGAAAGUUCAGAGGAAGAGGAUGAUGACCAGGAAGAGUCUGAGGAAGAGGGUGAUGACUCAGCAGAGGAAGAGGGUGAUGACUCAGCAGAGGAAGAGGGGGCUGGCCUGGCAAAGGAAGAGGGUGGUGAUCCGGCAGAGGAAGAGGGGGCUGGCCUGGCAGAGGGGGUUGGCCUGGCAGAGGAAAAGGGUGGUGAUCUGGCAGAGGCAGAGGGUGGUGAUGAGGCAGAGGGGGCUGGCCCAGCAGAGGAAGAGGGUGGUGAUCCGUCAGAGGAAGAGGAAGAGGGGGCUGGCCUGGCAGAGGCAGAGGGUGGUGAUCUGGCAGAGGCAGAGGAAGAGGGGGCUGGCCUGGCAGAGGAAGAGGGUGGUGAUCUGGCAGAAGCAGAGGAAGAGGGGGCUGGCCUGGCAGAGGAAGAGGGUGGUGAUCUGGCAGAGGCAGAGGAAGAGGGGGCUGGCCUGGCAGAGGAAGAGGGUGGUGAUCCAGCAGAGGCAGAGGAAGAGGGGGCUGGCCUGGCACAGUCAGAGGAAGAGGCUGAAGAAGUCAUUGCCCCAGAUGUCCGAGAGGCUGCUAGUGACAUGGAAGACCAUGGCCAUGUCAAAGAGGAAGAGAUCAGUGAAGUGGAACCUGAGUCUGAUUCUGCAGGCCAGGAGAAUGCACCCCGCAGAGACAUGGAGCAGGACAAAGAUCGCUCUCACAAUAGUAACCCAGCUGUAGCAGGAAGCCUUUCUGUGGAUGCGCAGUUAGUGGCAGAAACAGACAGCCCACCUGGCAACAACCGUCCUCCUGCUGGUGCUGUGCCUGACCCCAGACAAAUAGAAGAGACAGAAGAUGUUGGGGAGACUGCCAAGAGGGACCGUUCCCAUAUAGAGAGCACCCUUAAACUGAGUGAGGCUAAACCUGCAGAUGACUACUCAGCAACACUGCAGCGGUUGAGGAAGAUCUACCACUCCUCCAUCAAACCCCUGGAGCAGUCCUACAGAUACAACGAGCUCAGGCAGCAUGAGAUCACAGCUUACCACGGACGUACCCUGGGCUCCUCAGCCACAGACGGGGAGAUUACGUCCAAGCCAAUGGUGCUGUUCUUGGGACCAUGGAGCGUUGGCAAAUCCACCAUGAUAAACUACCUCCUAGGGCUGGACGACACGCCCUACCAGCUGUACACAGGGGCCGAACCCACCACCUCUGAGUUCACGGUCAUCAUGCACGGCCCAAAGCUGAAGACCAUCGAGGGCAUCGUGAUGGCUGCUGACAGCGCACGCUCCUUUUCGCCCCUCGAAAAGUUUGGGCAGAACUUCCUGGAGAAGCUGAUCGGGAUAGAGGUGCCUCAUAAGCUUUUAGAGCGGGUCACCUUUGUAGACACACCGGGCAUCAUUGAAAACCGCAAGCAACAGGAACGAGGUUACCCAUUCAAUGACGUGUGCCAGUGGUUCAUCGACAGAGCCGACCUCAUCUUUGUCGUCUUUGACCCUACAAAGCUGGAUGUGGGGCUGGAGCUGGAGAUGCUGUUUCGCCAGCUGAAGGGCCGGGAGUCUCAGAUAAGAAUAAUCUUGAACAAAGCGGACAGUCUCGCCACCCAGGAGCUUAUGAGAGUCUAUGGCGCCUUGUUCUGGAGCUUGGCUCCUCUGAUCAAUGUCACUGAACCUCCCAGGGUCUAUGUCAGUUCCUUCUGGCCCCCAGAAUAUCACCCUGAAACUCACAAGGAUCUGUUCCUUAAAGAAGAGAUUUCACUCCUGGAAGACCUUAACCAGGUGAUUGAAAACAGGCUGGAGAAUAAGAUUGCCUUCAUCCGCCAACAUGCCAUCCGGGUUCGCAUCCACGCUCUCCUGGUCGACCGCUAUCUGCAAACCUACAAGGACAAAAUGACCUUCUUCAGUGACGGGGAGCUGGUAUUCAAGGACAUUGUGGAAGACCCUGACAAGUUCUACAUCUUCAAGUCCAUCCUGGCAAAGACCAAUGUCAGCAAGUUUGAUCUCCCCAACCGCGAGGCUUAUAAGGACUUCUUCGGCAUCAAUCCCAUCAGCAGCUUCAAGCUGCUAGCUCAGCAGUGCUCCUACAUGGGAGGAUGUUACCUGGAGAAGAUCGAAAGGGCCAUUACUCAUGAGCUUCCUGAUCUCUUGGGGAGUAUUGGCUUGGGGAAGAAGCCCAGUGUUCUCUCCUGUGACACAACUGGCUGUGGUGAAACCCCAAGGAACCGCUAUAGGAAACCAUAACAUGCUAUGUACUAACAUAACCAUUCAUGUGUUCCUAUUGGUGAAUGAGCUUAUGUCUUAUCUGUCCAAGAAGCCAUGGUUUAUUAACCCUUUGAGUGCCACACUGGCAAGAGCUACUGUACAACGAGGACUUUGAGUCAUUGACAUUAAUGGCAGGGGAAAUGGGGUGGGCAUAGAAAAGAGAAUAAAGAACUGUGAAUUCCUGACAUUUUAUCUUUGUUAUUUCAAAUAGAAAGCAAUGUUUAAGCUGUAAGUAAAAGCAACAAAUGGUGAACUAAAGCUUUACCUGCUUUUUCACUGGUACUGAAGUUCAUGAGUGUGGAACAAGAAGUUCAACCUUUGCAUACACUAAGCAGACAGGGAGUAGGAAACGCAGACUCUGGAAUGAUAACCUGGAGGAAGGCUUCGACGCCUUGACCUGGAGAACCGGAGAGGGUCAUCCCUGGGGAGAGAGAGAUCCAGCAGAGUAAAUGUCAGCUUUUGGUGGCUGUAUAUAGGCACGAGGACCACAGAAAUGCCUAUAAAUAAAUAAUAAUCUGUUUUUUUUUCUUUCCAAGACUUGUAGGCCAUCAGGUUCAGUUCUUUGUGAGCUCCAUUUGGAUGACAGUUGAGCUGUAACUCAGAAUCUUUAGCAUUCACCCAGGUAUUAGCCCUCUCCUAUCCCCAGGGGUAGGGAAAGAAAGACCCCAUGUCUGUGUUUAGACUGGAUUCAGUCCAAUCUCUGGGAACAUAUGGCAUUGUUAGCACCAAAUGCAUGUCCCAGGUGGGAUUUGGAAGUCUGGCUCAUAAGGAGAAAUGGACUGGAGCUGAAAGAGCAAUGGCACUUAAGUUACAUUUGAGAGACAGUGGUUGUAACUCAAGAAAGUUCAGAAGAAAGCCUUUGAAAGCAUCGGUCUGUCCCUGUGCCUGAGAAGAGGCAGGGAGCUUAGCGUAUGCAUUUGCUGUUAGCGUCACGCAGUUGUUGGCAAGUCAAGCACAAACCUUGGUAGGGCUCAGAGGGUUAAUCGAUUUGCAUUUUGACCUUGUUUAUGCCAGUGUUGCAUGUUUUCUCCGAGUCAGAUCCCUGCGUUGUUGUGCGGUUUGGAGGAAGACAGGAACACCCUCCAUUUCACAGCUGUUGCCUGUUUUCUCUUCCAGUCUUUUUGCUGUAAGUUAGGAAGUCAAAGGUGUCUGGGCCCUAUCUUAUUUGGGCUGAGCCAAGCAGUCAUAUUUAUUUGUUGGAGUUGCCAUGUUGUUCACCUGCCCCAACACACCAACACCCAAAAUUGUGAGUUGCAGGAAAUGAUGCCAUUGGAACCAGUGCCAGCCUCUCAGUGGACAUAGUUCAUUGUAGAUGGCAACUAAAGCACAGGGGAAGUAUGGGAGCCCUUUUCACUAAGCAGGCAUUGUUUGGUUGCAAUGACCCAGCAUGGCUGGUGGUUGAGCUAAGCACUAACUGAAGAAGAAGGUGGAUGUUGCCCUGAAUAGUGUACGAGACCUGCUAAAUAGCCUUUCUUCAUUAUUCUCCCUGUCAAAUGGACCAGAGCUGAGGCUGGUCUUCAGAGAACCUUCUGAGUAGAAGUACUCACUGUAACAUACCUUAUCUGCCCGGGGUCAAGAAUUCAAUGAAAUGCCAAGCAAAGCAAGGCAAAGAUAGAAAGACAAAAGGAAAUAAGAAAGCCAUAUGUUGGCUUUUUAAAGAAGAAACUCGAGCAGAUGAGAAAGUGGAAGGUGCUGACCAGAGCCUGUUGGGAGCAUGGCAUGGGGCCUGAAAGGCAGCACAUCUCUGAUCCACAUGUGUGAAUAGAGAUGGAGCUGUGGCUACAGGAGAACCAGACAUAUCUAGCAUUGGUCUGCGAUUCAGCUUCCUUGGUGCCGAAACCUUGAGUUUAAAAGAAACGGUCUUUUAAAGCAAUCCAGGUGAGUUCUAGUGGGCAUUGUUUCAUGGGUGUUUGACUUGAUCCAAAUGUGUCACCCUGGAGGACACAUCUGAUGGGUAAUGAGUCCCCAAAGGCUGGGUGCCGGAGAAGAAACAAGUACAUCGAUGAGUACUGCAAGAGGGCAGGUUACAUGCCGAGGGAUUUUGUGCACAGCACUGAAAGGAACAGGGGCAGCUAAUGAAGGCAAGAAAAGGUGUCAGAGAAACUGACAUCCGAAAUAGCACAAAGAGAAGUGACAUGCUGGUGAGUCAAUACUGAGUGAGGUCUCAGACUGCCUUGGAGCUGCUUCCUCCAUUCACUUCUGUUCUUCUUCUCCUCUCUUUCUUUUACGUUACCCCAUUCCUCCUCCUCAUCCUUCUCUGUCUUGGUCACCCACUCUUUCUCACUUCUCAUUGUCCUCCAUUAAGCUUACCUGCUGCUCCUGUCACUUGGCCUAGUUUGCAUGGUUUUCUUAGGAGCGAAUGGAAAAGAAACACUGUCAGAACUGUGCUAAUUUUGCCACUGCUUCUGCCAUCACAUUAUGUUUUAUUGUCACCAUAAGCAAAUAAGUCUGUUAAACUUUUCUAAUUCUCUGUGCCUUAUUCUUCCUGCUCGUUCUUUGCCUUUUUAUUUCUCUUCGCUGUGCUGUCAUCUUCUUUUUGUCUUUCCCCUUUUCUUCAGUCUUUCUCCUACCUUUUCUUUCCUCCGUUUCUUGUCAUCCUCUUUUCACUAUACCCAGGUCCUUCCUUACUAGUUCCCUCUAGCUCACUAGCAUCCUGCUGGUCAUAAAGCUACUGCUCUCCUUUUGGGUGUUGGUGUAGGUUAUGACUGUGGUGUGGCUGGUGUUACCAACAUGAUAUAGACCGAGGAAUGUUGGCAGCAUUGAGGAGGAUGGAGGUUGUAAAGCAUGGUUGUCUACAAGUACUGGGCCUGUUGGUUGACGUCCUGUUGGGUAAGCAUUCAUUGACAAUGAAGAUCUCUGCAUAUACUCAAGAAAAUCUCCUGUAAUCAGAUGAGUUCACCUUUUAACAUGUGACUGACAAAAGCAUAGUACUGGCUCAAAAGCCCAGCAUAGAGGCUCAUGCAUUGAUCAUAACCACCUUCCCAUCUGAAAAUUUACACUAGGAUUCUCUUCUUAAAAGCACUCCUGGCGCUCCAAGUUUAACCCCCCUGUGGCCUGACAUCAGGUGACCCUUAAGAAACAGUGGACCUAAGAAGUGCAUUUGUUUGUUAACUGCACAUCAAGCUGGGCCCACUCUUAGCUCUGGUUGGCUCCCACAGCCCUUGUUGGGAAUCGGACACAUUUCUGAUGGCCUUUCUUCCCAAGCCCCUUGACACUUGAAAUGACUUGCAUGGCCACAGCAAAUGAUGGUUAGUCUAAGAAGGACUGUAGUUCAAAGCCCAUCUCAUCUGGCACAAUCUGAUGACACAGCAGGCUCCUACCAUCAAUCUGACUGUCUCUGUUUUAUGAAACAAUGAACCUGAUUAGAAACAAAAUAUAAAGCGUGACAUGAGCAAUGUGUCUCUGAGUUACAGGAAAUGCAUCAGGAAUGAAAACAGGGAGCCUGAAGAUCUUUUAAUUUUGCUAAAAAACCCAACAUCCCUAAACCCACUGUUGUGUGCUUCUUUUUUAACAGGAAUCUGGACAGACAGAUUAUAAAGAAUUACAUGCUGUAAUAUAUUCCCAAUUAGGUGUUCAUGAUAAUGUGCAUUUGGAUAAAAUUGUUGGUCCUGUACAUCAACCCGUCUAAUAAAAUCAGUAUUUUUCAAACACA